AUGCCGUGCACCGCACGAUGCAACUCAAUUCAUCGAUACAGCUCCACCAUCGAGCUCCAGCGCGAGGCUGCCUCCGCUAGCAACCCAAGCUCAGAUGCCGCUAACUUUACCUCCUUCCAACCCCUUUUCCUUUUCUCAAGCCCCAGGCUGCGACACAAGGUACCCACAACAAAUGAUAUCUGCGUCAGCUACCAACACCAAAUCCCCAUACACUUUAUUUACCACAACUCCGAUGCCCCUCCCACCGAACGCUACAGCCCUGGAACCACCCCCCGUCCCUCACAACAUCAGAGCACAGAUCCUCUCAGCUCGUUUUGCCUUUCAGAAAUUCAGGCAGCUAGCACCACAAGCAGAUCCACACCCAACUCCGGUACCUCACUAUUCAGAACUCAUAUUCCCAUAAAACACCCUUUAAAAUCCCUACUCAAUGCUUCCCUAGAUACUAUCCUCCAAGCUGUAUCCCCCAGAACCCUACAAACCUACCUAACCGCUUGGAAGAGCUUCAAAACUUUCCACUCUGGUUACAACCUGACCUUCCCUGACUUUUCCCUACUCACCAUCACCUCUUUCAUAUCCUACCUCAACCAACACAAGAACCUUCAAGCCAGCUCUAUUAAAGGAUACCUAAGCGGAAUCCAAUUUUUCCACAAACUAAUUUUUGGCUCACCUUCCCCAGUAAUAGAUAGCACCCAGACAUCUAUGCUCAUUAAAGGUAUCCAAAGAACCCACCCUACCCGUCCGGAUGCAAGACAACCAAUAACCUUGGAAUUACUCACCAAAUGCAUCACCACCAUCCGUCGAGGCUACCACUCUACUAACACCGCCCACACACUCGACGCUAUGUUUAUUCUAGCCUUCUUCGGGUUCCUCAGAUGUUCAGAACUCACCAUGACUUCCAAUUUCAAUCCAAAUAACCACCCCACAAUCUCAGAUCUAUCACUUCUGGACAACGACACCAUCUCCUAUUUCAUCAAACAAAGCAAGACGGACCAAACGAGAAAAGGCCACUUCAUUUACAUUUUCAACUUCCCAUCACCAAUUCAACCAUACCAGACACUCCUAGCCUACCUACAUUCCAGAAAUUCCCAGGCUAGAUCUGCAUCAGACCCACUCUUCAUAGACGACCCACUCUUUCAUCAGAAGCCUUCAAAACCUACAUUCGAUCAAACCGCUCCCACAUCAGAGAAGCCCAACGAACCCUCAUCAGCGGAUCCCACCAGCUCCAGCCUGCCCCAGGACAACACAAACUAUAAGACUCUAUCCACUGUCACAACAGUGAUGUUUCCUCUGCUCCCGCAGGAGCCAGCUUUUACUAAAAUCCACUGCCGCAGUAGUGGUGUUUCUACCAUCUCCCGCAGGAGAUCUGUUCUCCAUUGCUGCAGCGGUGUCAUUUUCUCUGCUCCCCAGGAGCCCUGCUUUUACUAA